GCCCUCGUGCACCGAGUAUAUUUUAGGUGCUGCCCGCCGCGCGGCCCGCUCACUAGUGCCACGCGUUCGCUCACCACCCCAACUAUGGCCAGUUGUACGGUCUUAAUAUGGCCGUUUCUACUCGCCGUGGUGCUGAGUGCGAAUGCUUACGAUCCUCAUGUUGACGGCUACAAAAAACCAGCCUGCAAGAAGGGCGAGUUCAAGCUGGCGCCGCACAACUCUUGCAAACGGUUCUACGAAUGUCGAAAUGGCAAAGUGCGAGUGAAGAUCUGCGCCAUGCUCCAAAAGUUCGACCGGAAACACCUCAGAUGCAAGUACACUUGGGAAGUAAAGUGCAAGGACAUCCAUCCUGCGGUGCACUCUACAACGACACCGUCACCCGCAACAUCCACAGAAUUACCAGUGCAACCCACCACAACAAGUCCAUGGACUUGGACCACUACCGCUGAACCAGGCUAUGAAACUUCGUCUACAACUGCAGCUCCAGGUACAGAGACAUCCUCUACCACGGCCUUGCCAGGUUCUGAGACAACUACAACUGCUACCCCAGGAUACGAAGGCUCAUCCACCCCUCAACCUGAAUCUUCAACUACCGGUGGCAAUGAAUGGCCAACUACUACUACAGCAGCUCCAGAGAUCGGAACCACCUCGACCACGGCUGAGCCAGGAUAUGAGACGACAUCUACUACGUCUUUACCGGGUUCUGAGACCUCCACAACUGCUGCCCCAGGAUACGAAGGCUCGUCCACCCCUCAACCUGAAUCUUCAACAGCUGGUGGCAAUGAAUGGCCAACAACUACUAGUGCUCCUGGUACAGAGACCACUUCAACCACCGGUGAACCUGGAUCUGAGACAACUACAACUGCGGCCCCAGGAAACGAAGGAUCAUCCACCCCCAAACCUGAAUCAUCAACUGCCAGUGGCGAGGAAUGGCCAACAACUCCUCACGCUCCUGGUGGAGAUACCCAUUCUACCACCGCCGCACCAGGUACAGAGGCUACUACAACUGGAGUCCCAGGAUACGAGGGCUCAUCCACCCCUCAACCUGAAACUUCAACUGCCGGCGGCAAUGAAUGGCCAACCACAACAGCAGCUCCAGAGAUCGGAACCACCUCGACCACGGCUGCGCCAGGAUCUGACACAUCUACCACAGCCACGCCAGGUUCUGAGACUACCACAACUGCGGCCCCGGGACACGAAGGAUCGUCCACCCAACAACCUGAAACUUCAACUGCCGGCGGCAAUGAAUGGCCAACCACAACAGCAGCUCCAGAAAUCGGAAUCACCUCGACCACUGCUGCGCCAGGAUCUGAGGCAUCUACUACGUCCUCACCAGGUUCUGAGACUACCACAACUGCUGCCCCAGGAUACGAAAACUCGUCCACCCCUCAACCUGAAUCAUCAACUGCCGGUGGGAAUGAAUGGCCAACAACCACUGCUUCUCCUGGUACAGAGUCCUCUUCGACCGCUGCGCCAGGAUUCGAGACGUCGUCUACCACGGCCUUGCCCGGUACUGACACAACCACAACUGGAGCUCCAGGAUACGAGAGCUCAUCCACUCCUCAACCUGAAUCUUCAACUGCCCGUCACCGCUCUCAUCCUUCCCACGAGGAACCAACAAGCACGACAGCUGCGCCCGUUACGGAGACUUCCACCACCACUGAACCAGGCUAUGAAACAUCGACUACGACGGCAGCACCAGGUUCAGAAACAUCAUCUACGACUGAAACGCCAGGUUCUGAGCCUACUACAACUGCUGCCCCAGAACACGAAGGAUCGUCCACCCAACAACCUGAAUCUUCAACUGCCGGCGGAAAUGAAUGGCCAACCACAACAGCUGCACCUGAAAUCGGAACCACCUCGACCACGCCUGCGCCAGGAUAUGAGACAUCUACCACAGCCUCGCAAGGUUCUGAGUCUUCUACAACUCCUGCCCCAGAACACGAAGGAUCGUCCACCCAACAUCCUGAAUCAUCAACUGCCGGUGGAAAUGAAUGGCCAACCACGACAGCUGCUCCUGAAAUCGGAACCACCUCGACCACUGCUGCGCCAGGAUCUGAGACGACAUCGACUACGUCCUCACCAGAUUCUGAGACUACCACAACUGCUGCCCCCGGAUACGAAAACUCGUCCACCCCUCAACCUGAAUCUUCAACUGCCGGUGGGAAUGAAUGGCCAAUCACUCCAGCUGCUCCUGGAAUCGAAACCACCUCGACCACUGCUUCGCCAGGAUCUGAGACGUCAUCCACUACGUCCUCACCAGGUUCUGAGACUUCCACUGCUGCGUCUCCAGGAUACGAAGGCUCAUCCACCCCACAACCUGAAUCUUCAACUGCCCGUCACCGCUCUCAUCCUUAUCACGAGGGACCAACAAGCACGACAGCUGCGCCUGGUACGGAGAUUUCCACUACCACUGAACCAGGCUAUGAAACAUCGACUACCACGGCAGCACCAGGUACAGAAACAUCCUCUACCACGGCCACGCCAGGUUCUGAGACUACUACGACAACCGCCUCAGGAUACGAAGGAUCGUCCACCCAACAACCCGAAACUUCCACUGCCGGUGGAAAUGAAUGGCCAACCACUACAGCUGCACCUGAAAUCGGAACCACUUCGACCACGGCUGCGCCAGGAUCUGAAACAUCUACCACAACCUCGCCAGGUUCUGAGCAUUCUACAACUGCUGCCCCAGAACACGAAGGAUCGUCUACUCAACAACCUGAAUCAUCAACUGCCGGUGGCAAUGAAUGGCCAACAACUACUGCUUCUCCUGGUGCAGAGACCUCUUCGACCGCUGCGCCAGGAUUCGAGACGUCGUCUACUACGGCCUUGCCUGGUUCUGACACAACCACAACUGGAGCUCCAGGAUACGAGAGCUCAUCCACUCCUCAACCUGAAGCUACAACUGCCAGUGGCAAUGAAUGGCCCACCACCACUGUUGCUCCAAGUAUCGGAACCACCUCCACCACCGCUGCGCCAGAAUAUGAGGUCACCUCAACUACGGCAUCACCAAGCUCUGAGACUUCCACUUCCGCUUCUCCAGGAUACGGAGGCUCAUCCACCCCACAACCUGAAUCUUCAACCGCCCGUCACCGCUCUCAUACUUAUCACGAGGGACCAAAAAGCACGACAGCUGCUCCUGGUACGGAGGCCUCCACCACCAAUGAACCAGGCUAUGAAACAUCGACUACCACGGCAGCGCCAGGUACAGAAACAUCCUCUACCACGGCCACGCCAGGUUCUGAGACUACUACGACAACCGCCCCAGGAUACGAAGGAUCGUCCACCCAACAACCUGAAACUUCAACUGCCGGUGGCAAUGAAUGGCCAACAAGUACUGCUGCUCCAGGAAUCGUAACCACCUCCACCACCGCUGCGCCAGCAUCUGAGAGCACCUCAACCACGGCUUGGCCAGGUUCUGAUACAUCUUCAACUGCAGCCCCGGGACAUGAAAUCUCUUCGACUCCUGCUCCUGGUACAGAGACCUCUUCCACCACCGCUGCGCCAGGAUCUGGGGCGUCCUCAACCACGGUCUCGCCGGGCUCUCAGACUAGUACAACUGCAGCUCCUGGACACGAAAGCACAUCCACUCCUCAGCCUGAAUCUUCAACUGCCGGUGGCAAUGAAUGGCCCACAACUACUGGCGCUCCUGGGAUCGGAACCACGACUACAACUACUGCGCCAGAAUCUGAGGUCACUACAACCACCGCUGUACCAGUAUACAGCUUCUCUACCACGGUCUCGCCGGGCUCUGAGACUACAACUGCAGCCCCGGGACAUGAAAGCCCUUCGACCCCUGCACCUGAAUCUUCUACUACUGGCGGUAAUGAAUGGCCAACAUCUACUGCUGCUCCUGGUACAGAGUACUCUUCCACCACCGCUGCGCCAGGAUCUGAGACCACCACAACUGCCUCUCCAGGAUCCGAAGGCUCAUCCACCCCUAAACCUGAAUCGUCAACAGCCGGUGGCAAUGAAUGGCAAACAACUACUGCUGCUCCUGGUUCAGAGCCCUUGUCUACCACCGCUGCACCAGGCUCCGAGACUUCCACAACUGCUGCUCCAGGAUACACAGGCUCAUCCACCCCACAACCCGAAUCUUCAACUGCCCGUCGCCGCUCUCAUUCUUAUCACGAAGGAUCAACAAGCACGACAGCUGCGCCUGGUACCGAGACCACCUCAACCACCCCUGAACCAGGCUAUGAAACCUCGUCUACCACAGCUGCUCCGGGUUCAGAGACGUCCUCAAGCACGGCCUCGCCAGGUUCUGAGACUACUACAACUGCUGCCCCAGGAUUCGAAGGCUCAUCCACCCCACAACCCGAAACUUCAACUGCUGGCGGUAAUGAAUGGCCAACCACUACUCCUACUCCAGGUAUCGGAACCACCUCUACCACCGCUACGCCAGCAUCUGAGACAACCUCAACCACGGCUUCCCCAGGUUCUGAGAAUUCUACAACUGCAGCCCCGGGACAUGAAAUCUCUUCGACUCCUGCACCUGAAACUUCAACUGCCGGUAGUAAUGAAUGGCCAACAUCUACUGCGGCUCCUGGUUCAGAGGCCUCUUCUACUACCACUGCGCCAGGAUAUGGAAGCUCUUCGACUCCGGCACCUGAAUCUUCUACUGCCGGUGGCAAUGAAUGGCCAACAACUACUGCUGCUCCUGGUAGAGACACCUCUUCUACCACCACUGCGCCAGGAUAUAGAAGCACUUCGACUCCGGCACCUGAAUCUUCUACUGCCGGUGGCAAUAAAUGGCCAACAACUACUGCUGCUCCUGGGACAGAGACCUCUUCUACCACCACUGCGCCAGGAUCUGAAAGUUCUUCCACCACAGCCGCACCAGGAUAUGAAAGCUCUUCGACUCCGGCACCUGAAUCUUCUACUGCCGGUGGCAAUGAAUGGCCAACAAGUACUGCUGCUCCUGGUACAAAGACCUCUUCUACCACCACUGCGCCAGGAUCUGAAAGUUCUUCCACCACAGCCGCACCAGGAUAUGAAAGCUCUUCGACCCCGGCACCUGAAUCUUCUACUGCCGGUGGCAAUGAAUGGCCAACAACUACUGCUGCUCCUGGUAGAGACACCUCUUCUACCACCACUGCGCCAGGAUAUGGAAGCACUUCGACUCCGGCACCUGAAUCUUCUACUGCCGGUGGCAAUGAAUGGCCAACAACUACUGCUGCUCCUGGUACAGAGACCUCUUCUACCACCACUGCGCCAGGAUCUGAAAGUUCUUCCACCACAGCCGCACCAGGAUAUGAAAGCUCUUCGACUCCGGCACCUGAAUCUUCUACUGCCGGUGGCAAUGAAUGGCCAACAACUACUGCUGCUCCUGGUACAGAGACCUCCACUACAGCUGGUCCAGGUUCUGAGACCUCUUCAACCACGGCUUCGCCAGGUGCCGAGACUACCUCUGCUGCUCCGGGAUACGAAUCAUCUUCUACCGCGGCUCCUUCCUCGUCGUCAUCCACCACCGUGUCCUCAAGGUCGGCGUCUCUGGACGAGUCCACGAGUGUCGCUCCCAACACUACAGUGCUGCCGCCUCAUCCCAGGUGCCCCAGCAAGGGCUGGCACCGGUACCCGCACGCCGAUUGCUGGAAGUUCUACGAGUGCCUCGACGGCGUCCUCACCGACGUGUCUUGCUACCCGCUGCAGAACUUCGACAAGACGACCGGUCGCUGCAACUGGUCGUGGAAGGUUGACUGCCACGCCAAGUCGGUGCUACCACGCCUUGCCCACACGGAGCCCCCGGUUCCGUCGUUCGGCUACCGCCCCCCGAGGUGCGCCGCGUCCGGCUCCAAGCUGUAUCCGCACAACGACUGCUGGAAGUUCUACGACUGCCACGAAGGGUCUCUCACAGUGCAGCAGUGCCCGCCCCUGCAGCGCUUCGAUCGCGUCAAGCUGGCCUGCGACUUCACCAGCAAGGUGGACUGCGACGCGGUGCCGCCCAACAGCGCGGGCGUGGAGCAGCCCGGCGCGGGCGGACGCUCCGCCGUGCCGCCCAUCGCGCGCUGCCCGUCCACCGGCUCCUCCAAGCUGGCCGCCGAGACGGACUGCUCCAAGUUCUGGACGUGCGACCAGGGCCACGCCUCGCUCGGCUCGUGUGGCUACCUGCAGAGGUACUCGCGCGCCGACAGGGCCUGCAAGUACUUGUGGACCGGUGUGGACUGCGACACCAGGCGCAACGAGCUGUACUUCUUCUAAAUAAAGAAAUUUUGUGUAAGCGA